AUGUCCGCUCUUCUUAAAUCCAGAGUUAGAUAUGCUCCUUACUUGAAGAAACUCAGAACCCCAGAACAAUGUGUUGAUCUCUUUAAGCAUGGCCAGUACCUUGGUUGGUCUGGUUUCACCGGUGUCGGUGCUCCAAAGGCCAUUCCAACAGCUUUAGCUGACCAUGUUGAAAAGAAUGACUUACAAGGUAAAUUGCAAUUCAAUUUGUUUGUUGGAGCUUCUGCUGGUCCCGAAGAAGGUCGUUGGGCCGAAAAUAACAUGAUCAUUAAAAGAUCUCCACAUCAAGUUGGUAAACCCAUUUCUGCUGCCAUUAACGAUGGUCGUAUGCUUUUCUUUGAUAAACAUUUAUCCAUGUUUCCUCAAGAUUUGACUUAUGGUUAUUAUACCCGUUUCAAGGAAAAUGACUUGUUGGAUUACACCAUCAUUGAAGCCACUGCUAUCACUGAAGAUGGUGCCAUUGUCCCAGGUCCAGCUGUUGGUGGAUCUCCUGAAAUGCUUUCAGUUUCUGAUAAGAUCAUCAUUGAAGUGAACACCAAGACUCCAUCUUUUGAAGGUAUUCACGAUAUUGACUUGCCAGUUAACCCCCCCCACAGACCUCCAUACUUGCAUACUUCCGUUGAUUACAAGACUGGUAGAACUGCUAUUCCAGUUGAUCCUGAAAGAGUUGUUGCUAUUGUCGAAUCUCAUGAAGGUGAUAAGGUUCCUGCAAAUACUCCAUCUGAUGCUAUGUCAAGAAAUAUCUCUGAUAACUUGAUUGAAUUCCUCGAACAAGAAGUCAAGUUAGGUAGAAUGCCUUACAACUUGCACCCAUUGCAAUCUGGUAUUGGUAACAUUGGUAAUGCUGUUGUCGAGGGUCUUGCUGGCUCUAACUUUAAGGACUUGAAUGUUUGGACUGAAGUGUUACAAGAUGGUUUCCUUGAUUUCUUGGAAUCAGGUUCUUUGAACUAUGCUACCGCUACUUCGAUUAGAUUGACUGAAGAAGGUUUCGAACGUUUCUACGCCAACUGGGAUGAGUUUACUUCUAGAUUGUGUCUUCGUUCUCAAGUUGUCUCCAACUCUCCUGAAAUUAUCAGAAGAUUAGGUGUCAUUGCCUUGAACACACCUGUUGAGGUGGAUAUUUACGCUCAUGCUAACUCCACCAAUGUUAACGGUUCUCGUAUGCUUAACGGUUUGGGUGGUUCUGCUGAUUUCUUGCGUAACGCCAAGUUAUCUGUUAUGCAUACUCCAUCUGCUAGACCAUCCAAGACUGAUCCAACUGGUAUUUCUUGUAUUGUUCCUAUGGCUACCCAUGUUGAUCAAACCGAACAUGACUUGGAUAUCAUUGUCACCGAUAUUGGUUUAGCUGAUUUGAGAGGUUUGGCUCCAAAGGAAAGAGCCCAAGAAAUUAUCAACAAGUGUGUUCACCCUGAUUUCAAGGCCCAAUUACAAGAUUACUUUGAUAGAGCUACUUUCUACGCUCAAAAGAAGAAGUGCUUACACGAACCACACAUCUUGAGAGAUGCUUUCAAGAUGCAUAUCAACUACCAAGACAAUGGUACCAUGAAGUUAUCCAGCUGGGAUUAA